UUCUUCUUUUUUUUUUAUUAUCAAUUUAUGUAAAUUACCUAAAUUUUUUUUUUGUGUACUUUCUAUAAAUUACCCCUACUUCUUUUAUUUCAUUUAUUACUUGUAUAUUAUGGAUUUACUUUCUUCACCAUUCACUUCAUUACCUUCCGUUUUUACUAUGCCCACUUCUUCUUGUUACUUUGAAACGUUACACAAGUCAACUGAAUCUGUGGUCUCUAUUCAAGACUUGAUCAAUGCACCUUCAAAAAUAGAACCUGUCUUGGACCAAUUAACCAUGGAACAAAUAACCACUAUUGAGCAAAGUAUACGAAAAAUCAAGAAAAGAAAGGCACGUGAAGCAAAUGAAAUGACUACAAACAAAAAGAAGAAAAUCUCUGAAAAGAGUAAAAAUGAUCAACAACCUGUCAAUCCUAAUCAUAGAACUGUUCUUGGUCCUCCUGCUAUUGAAAUACGUGAUGGUAUUGAAUGGGUCUCUUUUGUUUAUUCUCAUAAUAGAGUAUUGAAACGAUAUUCUAUUCGUACAGAUAUUGAUGAUAUUUGUUUAGAUGAUCUUGAUGAAAAGUUUCAACUUGAUAAUUGUGUAUAUCCUCGUGCGAAUGUACCCAAAGAAACAUAUCAAGGCAAUCGAUGGAAUUAUGAAACUCAAUGCAAUGUUUUGGGAUGGAAAUUAGCCUCUAUUAAUGACUGUAUAGCUGGUAAACGUGGUCUUAUCCAACGAGCGGUGGAUUCUUAUCGAAAUCGAAAUCCAAACAUGCGAUCAAGACGGGUGACUCGACAAACUAAACUUCUCAAUGGCACUCUACGAAGAAGAAAGACUAUCAAUACUCCAAAUGAUGAAUCAGCAUCUCAUAUCAAUAUUCCAAAAACAAUGACAAUGGAAGAUGAACAUCAAGAACGAUUCCGUGUCAAGAUUACUUUAGAUCAAGUGGAUUUAAAUGACAUUGAUCCUCUCUUCCGUGCUGCCAACUGUGUUUACCCGCGAUCAAUGAGAAUGGACUCGACAAGCUUGCCUGAUCAACAACAACAAAGACGUUUGGAAGAAAAUAUGUUGAACGAGCUAGGUUGGAAGUUGGCUUGGUUGAAUCCUCGACUUGUCAACAAACGAAAUCUUUUACAACGAGCUUUGGACCUAUAUCGACUCAAGUUCUUACCCAUAAUGGCGCCUAGGAAAAAUUCGGCUCGUACAGCACCAACGACGACUGCUACUCAAUUGACAUCAUGGUUAUUAUCAACUUUGGACCAACCAUCAAAUGAAGAAGAAUGUAAUGACAACAACGAUGAUAUCAUUAUACCAGUCUCACCAAGUACAUCCUGUACGACAGAAUCGACAGAAUCACUUGAUUUUAGUGAAUGUUUUUCAUUGGAGGAAGAUGACAUGAUGAUGGAUGGAUGCGACAUGGCUAGUAUUAACACAUCUCUCACCACUACAUCGACAACCUUAUCGUAUGGAAGUAUAUUGAAUACACCCACUUCUUCGCCUGUGGAUUUAUUGGAAAAACAACUUUUAGAAUGUGAUCCUUCUACUUGCUCAACUUUAUGUGGUAAUAUUUGUCUCUUUGAAAAAGAUAUGCCUCUUCUUUCAUCUACUGACAAUGACAACAACAACAACAACAACAAUAAUGGUGAUUUGAUGAUGGCGGAUUUACCUUCAAAUACGAUGAUGGAUUUUACUCAAACAUAUGAUAAUAGUGCCUUUGAUCAUGAUCUUUUGAUCAAAAUGGAACAAACUGCUGAUGAUCUCUUCAAUUUUUUAUGAUUUUACACAUUUCUUUUUGAAUAAUAUGAUUUUUAUCCAUGUAUAUUUAUUUUAUUUUAUUUUAUAUAUUCCUUCCCCUCUCCUUUCUUGUAAAUAAUCUUUAGUAUAGUAUGAUAUGCCUUAUGCCUUUUGUUUUAUAGACUUUGUUUUGUUGUUUUGUUUUAUACUUUAUGCAUAAUAAAAUCCUCAAGUCCUUGGCUGGAUAUUUUAUUUAUAUAGAAA